AUGGCUGCCGCUGCCGCUGCGAUUUACUCUGAAAUGGCCCCGGUCAUGGGCGUUGUUUUCGCAGGCCUGGUGUACUUUGGAAUUGGACUUCAUCGGUAUGCGAAGUUCAAUAAGGCGCAACGGGUGGUGUUUCACAUUGGCCUUGUAUUGAUACCGUUUGAUAUUAUGGUUAUUUUACCUCUGCGACCGACGGGGAAUUCGGGAAUUCGGGAGCCUGAAACAGUUGAAGGCAACGACAUUAUUGGAAGAUCAUGGACUCAAGCAUCUUCCGUAAAGCUUAUAUUAUCCUACUGCCUGGAAUACGAGGACCCAGACCCAGACACAGACACCAGCAGCAUUCAACCACAGACCUAG